AUAACGUGUUAAAAAAGUGAAAACUCAGCUUUUUUUUAUGGUCUUAAUCUGAUCUGAUCAAUCAAAACGAAGUUUCUAAAAAUUAUAUGAAAGUUAUUGUGUGCAGUUAAAAGCAGUAUGCCAUAUUUACGAAAAGUCUCUGUUAUUGCUAAAAAUGCCAGGUGACGGUAACUAGUCAUCAACCAGUACAGUAAAAAAAAAAAGAGGGUGACAGUGGCUUUCAAAUGAGAAUUAAUAUAAAUUUAUAUGAAAAUAAAUGACUACAAAUAUUAGAGUAAGCUUAAACAUGUCCAUUGAUUGUGUUUGAGUAAGCAUGAACAUUUAAGAUUGGUACCGUAGGGAGACUGGGAACAUAACCACAUUUUUUGGCCUUGUCAUACAUCAUGUACAUGUGUAAGUUUAAAUUUAAGGUUGUAAAGAUUAAUGUAAGUUUAAGAGUAAUAUUUUAAAGCCUUUAUCUUUGCCUCAUUUCAGCGAAGAAAAACAUCAUGUAAAUAUAAUGUAAGAAAUCAGCAGUUGAUGGUUCCAGUUGCCUCAAUAGUUCUUAAGAUUUGGUGUUCAGAUAUUUAAACUUAAUGGAUACAUACAAGGCUGGUUUGAUGGUAUCUCAAGAAUAAUGGUAUCUUCCUUAUACAGCUUGGCGAUACAUAAAGUGGGGCAGUAUGUUGGAUGUGCCUCCUUAGAAACUGUCAACCCACCGUUUGAUGAACAGACACUUAAGCUGUUAGCGAGUGAAGCAUUUCCCAAAGAUGAGGAACAUGUAAAGUUACUUACCGAACUUGUCAGUAGCAAAAACUGUAAUUCAGAAUGGGAAAAAGGUGAAUCCUUUUUUCAGAAAGGACAUGUACAAAACAUCAGACAAGUAGGUUUCAUGAUCGGUGCCUCUGUCAAAAGUAACUAUGAUCACAAUCAAGCCAUUGCAAAAGUGGUCUUGACAUUUGAAAGGCAUCGAAUAACAUCUACUAAGUGUUCAAUCUGCAAGGAAAUGAUUUGGUGUCGACACAUUGUGGCUGUAAUCCUCAAAAGAAUUAAAAGUCCAGAAAAAGUACCAGUACAUGCUCCUCUGACAGAUACACUUCUGACACUAACAAGAGAACAGCUUCAAAAACUGUUACAAUAUGCCAUAAACCAAAGUCCAGGGGAUAUAUUGUGCCAGAUAUUUGAGCAUAUUGAUAAAAUUAAGAAUCCUAGAUCUCUGAUUAGCCGUAUUCAAGGAUAUCCCGAUCCGACUCUUGGAAUAGGGGAAGAUGAACAAAAUACUGAUCAAUUACUACUAAAAGAAAUAAGAAGGAACUUAGAUAAUGAUUUACUUUAUACUGACAACUAUGAAAGUAAGUUGCAGAGUAACAGCUUGUCAGAUCAAGUCCAAUUUAUGGCCUCAGAAAAUCACUCUUUAAAAGAAAAAAACUUGAAAACAGCAAUCUCCUUGUUACGAAUUAAAGAUGUCGACAUGGCAGGAAGGAUUCUUAUACAGAUAGCCCAGGCCUUGUUUGAAGGUCCAAGACUUAGCCCGUCAUCAAUGUCAUUUAGGUUAGAUGUUGAAAGAUGGUUUAGCCUGUUUGUGUCUUCAUUUGAAGGACAGAUUCGACAUGACAUACUCACUGUUGCACUGGAUAUUAACAAAAGAUCAUCUAAUGCUGAUGGAAGUGUGAUUCAGAAGUUUAUAUUUAAAGACCAGCAAACUACCAUGAGAAGUGUUUCUUUGAAGACAGCUGGUAAUUUCAAUCCUAGAGAUUAUUUAGGAGAAAACAAGAAAGCACCUUUUUAUGAGCCAGUGUUAGCAUGCCUUUUGCAAAACACACCUGCAAAUUUAGAAAAUCUAUACAGUCAGAAAGUGCCUUUAUCACAAAGCCCAUAUGAAGAACCGUUGGAUGUGAUGCUUUUUCGCUUUGAGAAGUUAAUACAGAUUGACCAGUUUAUGAAGGAUCCUUCAGUAAAAACCAAGACAUGUUUAUUAGGGGCAGUGAUCCUGAGAAAAUUAAUCAAAAUUUCCACACAGUUUUCUAAUGUUGGUAGUAGUAAAAAUGAAAUAGAGGAAAAAGAAUCCAACACAGACUGCAUAGAUGUAGAUAUUUCUGACAUGUUACCAGAUGUUGAGGAUAUUCCAGAUGAAAUCAUAGAAGUCUAUAAACAAUCAGAGGUGCCAGAAUUUCCAGACAUGGACAAAUGGGUUCAGAUGAAUUUAAAAGAAUAUUUGAUGAAUCUACUUCAUGCUUACAACUGUCAACAGAAAAAAAUCAAUUGUAACGACCAAAUAUGUAAACAAUUGAAGUCUCUCCUGACACAUAUGCAAUCCUGCACAGACGGAAGAUUAUGUAAAAACAAAGAAUGCUUUAGGAGUAGGCUAAUGUUACAACACUGGAACAGUUGUAACAGAGUUGAGUGUUUAGUAUGUUCUCCAUUAAAAACAAAAGUCGUGAUGGCAAGUGUGAUGAACUUUGGUCAUGCGAAGUGUGACAUGUGUAAAUUGAUAAGAAAGAAUUACUGCCAUUAUACAUGUACUCUUCCAUGUUUGAUGUGUGCUGCUGGGAAGACUAUAACAGUUAAAGAAAAAGAUGGCAGCUUCUGCUUGCAUUUCAUACGUCAGCUCAGUGGUGAAGAUUGUUCUGGCCACACAUGUAGAUACUGUCAUCACAUGAAGAAUACUGAGUCGGGAACAAAUUCCAAGUCAACAACAUGCUUAACAAUUUGUGACAAACCAAACUCCUGUCGACUUUGUUCCAAUGAAUCGUCACUAAAUAAAAUAACAUUAGACACGGAGAUAGUGACAGAAUUUAUGGUGAAAAAGGACCAAACUUAUGGGUCUGCAUACAGGGUUUUGGGACUACAAGGUUUUGGCAAGGGCAUCCAAUCAGAUUACAAAGCCAAAGAGACUAGUAAAAGUCAGUCACCAUGUAGGGCUGGUGGGAGGAAUAAAAAGUUAAAGGUAGACAAUGCUACUGGUUGGAAAGAUGAAGUAACUUUUGGUUUUAGGAAUCACUUUAUUGGUAAAAUUGUGCAGGCAUUAUUACCAGUCUCGUCACAGACACGUAUGAUAGUGAUGAAUGUUACAGCGUACUGUACAAGAAUAGAACAUGAAAUAUUCCAGCAAUCUAGUAGUCAGGAAGAAUACCUUCAUUUACUCUUAGAUAGAUUGUAUAAAAUCAAAGCAGACAUAGAACAACCACUCUUAGAUGCAGUGUGUAAGACAGACAGUGAAGGAAAUUCUAAAGAAUCAUUGCAACAAACAGAUGUUGAUGGACCAAAGGCAAAGAAAAGAAGGACAUUACCAGAUACCAGUGAUGAAGAAAUAGAAGAAGUUAACUAUGAAGGACUUACUGAGAAUCAGCUGAAGUACUGUCAACUCUAUGUAUCAACAAGAGUGCUGCAGACAGAAUAUAUUCUCAAUAUGAACAUCAUGAUUCAGGUGAUUGUCUUCAGUGGUGCUUUCCAAGCAUUUGAACUAUCCAACAUGUUUGACUCAAGGACCAUCGGAGAAAGCAGUGACAAUUUAAAGAAAGAACUUGCAUCAAAGUUUUUACCGAAAUACCAAAACCAAACCAUAUUCCAAGCAUUAUCCUGCUUAUACAGCUAUGGUCUACAGCUAUGUUAUGGCAUACCCUUAACCUUUACCACAUUCCUGGUAACUUAUGGUGGACUCUCAAAAGAAGAUAAAGCAUUGCUAGCCAUUCAGGCUUUGACAGAAUGUGACCGCCCUUUAACAGAUACUGAGACUGAAGAAUUCAGUGGUAAUGCUACAGAACAUUAUGGUAAACUGAUGAAGGUUUUAUUCCCACCGGAAUAUAACAGAUUUCAUACAGAACUAGCAGAACAGUUCUUAGUGCACCUUGAAACAGUGAAGGACAAGGCUUUUGUAACAGCAGCUGUAGAGCAUUUUAUGGACCACUUUAAUCGAUUUCCAGCGGCACACCAUAGAACUAUUCUACUUGAUUUGGUAAUAAAGUUUAUGAAAGAAAAAUGGAUUUCUCGCUCUGAUAAAUAUUAUCACAGUUAUGCCGCCAAAAUGUACCAAAUGCUGAAAAGACUGUUAGAUUCUAGUAGUGGGUUUGCUGAAACAAUAACUGUUCUGCUCUUGAAAAACUGGUCAUGUGUAUGUAAAUACUUUAUGCCAAAAGUCAUUAAAGAUAUUUUAAAAGAUAUAGAGAAAGUUGUGGAGAGUGAUGUUUUUAAAGAUUCUGAUCAGCUUCUUAAACUUGUUGAAACUUAUCUGUUGGAAGAAUGUGUUCAUGACAUGGAAUGCGGGACAUUGAUUAAGAUCUUUUACAAAGAUGAGAAAAUAUUUGCAUCUAGAGUACUUGGAAAGAUCAGGGACAACAAAGACAAGUACACACAAGCAUUGUUAAUGAAGCUGAGCAAAUAUGCAAAGGCUAUAUCAACAAGUCCCCCCUUUUCAGAACCGUCUUCAGCUAGCAACUCUUUACAGCUGAUGGCAUUAGAAGCUUGUUCAAAGAAAUGUAGGGCCUGCAAGGUAGUAGGUUCAUCCAUAGAAAGUAGGCUUCAACUUUAUGAACCUACAGAAAAGGAAUUGAAAUACUUUGUAUUCUUUUUUGAGGUUAUAGGAUCCUCAGUGAAUAACAAUUUGAUGAGUACAAUUGAAUUCUUACAAGUUUUAGAUAAGUUGAAGAUUAUUUUUAUUUCAUCUUAUGGUGUUAUGAUGGAAUUUAUUAAUUUGGUAAAGAAAUAUGAGGUUCAGGAGAAAGUAAUAAAAUUGCUUGAAGAUACCAUCGUAGAAUGCUGCCGUGAAAGGUUUAUUGAAGAAGUUCGCAAAAGUAAUUAUAGCAAACACGGUAUAUUAGUUGACAAUUUGAUAGAAGCCUGUCGUUUAUGUGUAGACAACGUAACCAAUGGGAAGUUACGAUUUCAAGAGCGUGUUGUCAAUCAUUUGUUGGAAAAAUUCAAAACAAAAGAAAAAACCUGUGAGAAAAUAAAAGCACAAUUCUCGUAAAGAUAAACUUGGCCUGAUUAUGAUGUAGGAUAUAGGUUUGGCAAGUAUGUCAUGUGGGCGUCAUAGUAUGGAAUGUUACAUAUGAAAUGUUGAAUAGAGUCUCAUUGAAUUUUUCAUCCAUGGAUUGGAUAAUUGUUGGACUGUUAUAUAAAUAGAAAGUUUUGUGUAGCAUAGUACUAAUGUAACACCAUCUAUAUUUUCUUUGGAGAAAGUAACUGUAAAUUCAGUAGUUUUUAUUUUGGUCAUUUAUUAUUGAUAAUUUUAUAAACUCCUAAAUAUGAGUUUAAAUAAUGUGAAUUAUGAAAUGCUGCAUUUGAAUAAUGUGAUUAGGAUUAUAAAUGUGAGUUGAUUAAUAUGAUAUCAAUUCUAUCUACACACUAAAAAAAACCCAAAUAUUAUGGAAGAUGAUAUGAUUAAAAGCCCAAUGAAUCUUUGUUUCUAUUUUACAUGCUGCAUAGUCCGAGCUGUAAUCUUGAUGAUGGAUUGUUUGCCACUGCUACACAAGUAAUGUGUUGUAAUAUUUUUGCCAAUGUUUGCCCACCCUUCAUCUUCAUACAGGUUACAUGCAUUGGUAGCCUAAAUGCUUUUACAAACUGGAACCUUUUUAUUUUGUGGAAUAUGUGUACAUAUGCUAAAGAUGUUCUUUUGUCCAUAUUUCAUUUUGUUUUUUUUUCACAGAAGAAUGGGAAGAUCUGCAUGUUGUCCAGAUUUUUGAAAUAUUUUUUAAAAGAAUUAUGGGUUGGUAAGCCUAAAUUUUCAUGGAAAGUUUGCAUGUACAGCACAUGCUUUAGAUUUUCUAUAAUUGCUCCUACUGUUUUUCUUCACGCUCAUAUCUUUCCAUUUUCCAGAGUUUUUACAUAUAACAAAGAUUUGUAUAAUAAGCCACUUAUAAUUUUCACCAGAUGGAAUUUAUACUUCUAAACUCUUCUUGCAGAAUUUGAGUCAGAAAUUUUUUUAUUCAGUAGGCUCCCUGUACACAUAUGACUGAUAUGAGAUGUGCAUAUUUUUAGGAUUACCAUUUUGAAAAUUUUUCUUAAAAUCAAAGGUUAUUGAACUCUGUCAUUGUUCACUGUAUCGCUAAACAGUACAUGGUUUAUAAUGUUAAAUCAUUCAUUUAAGUGUUACUAUUCUUCGUUAAUAUUACAAACAUGUAUUGGGGGCUUGGGUGGUGUUGAAUACCAUCAUACAUGCACUUGAGACAACAAUUUUUGAUAAGAAUUAAACAUCCCUGUAACAAAAAAAGCACUGUUUAUGCAUUUUGCUCAUUAAUGUGCUGGACCUAUUUUUUUGUCUAGCUUUUUAUAUAGAACUGCACCUUUCCCUCCAUUUCUCUUCUUUUAGCUUAAAGUGAAUAAUGAUUGCUGUUGUUUUUCAUUUGUUUGUUGGUGUGUUUCUUUGUUUUUAAGUUUUUAAUUUUUUUUUCAUUCAAUUUUGGCCAUAUUGUAAACUAAACUAGUGACCUGAUUUAAAUGAACAUUUCGAAAUCUAGUUUUUAAGGUGUAAUACCACCAAAUCAUAGUACGUCACAUCCGGUUGCAUACGAAAAUAGGUCGAAAAAAAAUAUUCCCUUGAAUUUGACAGUUGUAGGUAAUUGAUCCUACAUUUCAUUGCAGUAAAACAUUUCUGGGUCAUAAACAUAUAUCUUGGGUAUUUAAAAGCACCAUUAUUAUUUUAUUUGGGGUUUCUAUAGAAUAUUUUGGAAACUUGAGGUUACAUGGUUACUAAAGCUUGUACACAGGUUAAAAAAGGGGGAAAAUUUGAUUGGUUAACUUCCAGUGAUGGUUAUUUUCUUAUAUGCAAUGAAAUGUUAUGUGAAAUUUUUUCUAUAGUACUGGACAGGAUAAAACUUUACUCAUGCCAAGUAUUUCUUUAUUUGAAACAAAGAUAAAUUCUGCACAAUUUUUUGAAAAGUGCAAAUUUAACAAAGACUAAUAGGGGAAAAUCAAUGGUGGUAUUACACCUAAUAUGGGAAGCUGUACAUGCACCUUUGACCUUGU